GGUGAUCUUCUGCAACUCUUCAUAAAAUUCGUGAUUUGAGGGUCGACCACUUUUGUCAAUAUGGAGGACACGGCAAACACCCCUGCUAGUCAGAUGCGCCAGCCCAAGAAGAGAUUCGUCGGUCGACGUACUGCCGAAGCCCAGGCGCAAAAGGACGUCACGAGCCAAAACGAUGUCGAAUCCACGGCAGUGCAGACAGCCGCCCCAAGGAGGACUCCUCGAACCCUCAAUCAAGUGCCCCCAGAGAUCCUGAAUGACCCGGAGAUUCAAGCCGCAAUCGACCUGCUUCCCAAGAACUACUCCUUCGAGAUCCCCAAGACAAUCCAUCGAGUCCGCUCCUCCGGAGCCAAGCGUGUUGCACUGCAGUUCCCAGAGGGAUUGCUGAUCUUUGCGACCACUAUCUCAGACAUCCUCACACAAUUUUGUCCCGGUAUUGAGACGUUAAUCAUGGGUGACGUGACAUACGGUGCAUGCUGCAUUGACGACUACACGGCACGGGCCCUGGGAUGCGAUCUUUUGGUUCAUUAUGCCCACAGUUGCUUGAUCCCCGUGGAUGUGACCAAGAUCAAGACGCUAUAUAUCUUUGUCGACAUUAGCAUCGACACGAGCCAUCUCAUCGCUACCCUCGAGCGCAACUUUAAACCCGGGCAAACCAUCGCCACUGUCGGCACCAUCCAGUUCAACGCAACCCUGCACGGACUGAAGGCGGUUCUGGAGCGUGCUGGUUUCCGUGUUGUGAUCCCGCAAAUUAUGCCGCUCUCCAAGGGUGAAAUUCUGGGUUGCACUUCGCCAGUUCUACCCGAGUCUGAGAUUGACGUUCUUCUCUAUCUGGGUGAUGGCCGCUUCCAUCUCGAAUCUGCCAUGAUCCACAACCCCACUAUCCCAGCAUACCGGUAUGAUCCUUAUUCACGGACGCUGACCCGGGAAUCAUACGAUCACGAUGAAAUGCACACCAUUCGCCGAGACGCCAUUGCAACUGCCAAGUCAGCUAAGAAAUGGGGUAUCAUUUUGGGGUCGCUUGGUCGGCAAGGCAACCCGAACACAAUGGCGAUGAUUGAACGUCACCUUGCCGAGCGAGGUAUUCCUGUGGUGAAUCUCCUAUUGAGUGAGAUCUUCCCAGGAAAGCUCGCAUCCAUGUCGGACGUCGAGUGCUGGGUGCAGAUCGCCUGCCCACGGCUGAGUAUUGAUUGGGGCUAUGCCUUUUCUCGGCCAUUGCUCACCCCAUACGAGGCGCUUAUUGCCUUGGGUGUUCGUGAGAACUGGGACAAGGCCAACAAUGGUAUUUACCCAAUGGACUUUUAUGCCAAGGAGGGACUGGGUCGAACCAAGCCCGAGCAGGCCAUUCGUGCGGCUUGAUCAAUCACGUCACUGAUGCCAUGCAUUUAUGCGACCAUUUGAAAUGUUUAUACCCCCAUAUAGAGCACAUGGCAGCGGGACUGGCCUUGUAUACAAAAUUGAAAAUAGAACCGAACAUUUAUAGAUUUGCCUGUGGAGGUGAAGUAAACUCAAGUAACGAAGCUGCCCAUAAACACUUUGUUCCAAGGCAGUUGUGCUAGGCCGUUCAUAGGAGUGCAGGGGCUUACGACAUUUUCUCUAUUCUAUUUCUAAACAAUAGGUAUAUCUACGCACAAAUCCAUCUUAUCACAAUUGGAAUUCCCACGUUAUCUCAAGUUCAGAGCAACCCUCCCUUUGUUCCUCCUCUCGCUCGCUCGCGCUCAUGCUGAGCAACAGCCUCCACCAUUUUCUCUUUCGGUGGCUCACAGCCCGUCCAAAGAUAGAACUGAUCGUAUGCUUGAGCCAGCAACACUUCCACACCAGUCACGGUAUACCAUCCCUCGUUUCUCUGAGCCACACUCAGCAACGGUGUCUGCCUCGGUUUAUACGACAUGUCGAUGCAGAGACCUCUUUCUCCGAAGAGGGCCGAGAAUUGAUCUUCAGUCGUAGUCUCGGCAGGAACGGUACCCACGAUAACGUCCGGGUGUUGAGGAAGCUCCUCGAGGCUCGGAACGACGAUGAUGUCGAAGACGGCCUUGAAAUCAUGUCUCACUUUCUCUGCAGUGGCCAGGGUCCGAUUAACGAGAUAAAUAGACCGAAUCCCUGCUUUGUGCAUGGCAUAGAGCGCUGCUCGCGAAGCACCUCCGGCGCCAAUCACAAGGCCAAUGUUCGACCGUUGACCCGUCCUUGUCGCAUAAUCCGCUAUGAUCCUAUGCAGUCCCGACCAAUCCGUAUUAUCACCAAUGAUCCGCCGUCCAUUUCCAUCUCCCUUGACAACGAGAGUAUUGAUUGCUCCAAUCAAGCGGGCGGUGUCCGUCUGCUCGGUGCAAAACUUGUGAACUUGCAACUUAUGGGGCAUCGUGACGCUGGCGCCGCUGAAUUGCUUGUCCGAGAUGAAUCUAGCCACUCCAUCGAUGUUGGAGGAUUCUCGGACGUCGUAUUUGUAUGGAAGGUCAUAAUGCAUGAAUCCGGCAUUGUGGAUGGUCGGCGAAAUGCUGAAGGAUAUUCCACUACCAAAAAUGUGGAAAUUCUUGGGUGCGACGGCGUGGCCUGAGGGAGAUGCAGAUUGAGUCAUUUGGCUAAAAGUUGAAGUCUGUAAGCUCGGUGAAG